UUGAUGGACAGCUGUGGAGUAUGACGCAUGUCCCGCCUACAAUUCACCGGAUUGGAUAAGCCCGCCCUCCUGCUAACCAAUCAAAAGUAACGCUACAGAGGGGACUUCCUAUGUACGCACGUACAAACGUCAAGUACGCUCAACAGUUAUGCUGAAUAGCUGCCGAUGAAAGAUAGCCCCAGCCAUACCCCAGCAAACAUCUCACAGAGUACCUGCCUUCCUGCUCUGAGUUUUCACAAAAGUCAGAUUCCAUGUUUUAUAGGAGCUGCUCUGUCCUGCAGCAAGUCUCCAAUGAUGAACCUACCCACCUGCCUGAUGAACUUGUACUUCAGAGCAAUGAGACCUCCAGUUUUCUGCCAUGGUGUUUACUCUGAGGCUGCCAAAGGAGGAAGGAGAGGGGAUUCAUUUGUCCCAAGAGGUGUGAUGAUCGCCACGUCUCGUGUGAAAAAAAAACCCCGAGCCCCCUCGCCAUCCUCGUGCAGGUUAUUCCAGGAGAGGAGUCGUUGUGCGAGGAGCAGUGUGGCAAGAGAUGUCUUUUGCGGAGGGGAAGGGAUGCGUCACUGGAUUAGUGCCUGAGAAUCUGUCCCAGCCUCCCUCCUCCUGAGCUGCUGAGACGCCUCCAAGAAGGGGCACGACACUCGCUGCUCGCUUUCCCCCUCCACACAAGCCUUCCACAUGAUCCAGCCAAGCCUUACCUCCCCACCAGGAUGAAGAAAGAAAAGAACGCUCUGCUGUUUCUCCUCCUGAUCCACUUCAGCUUGGCAAGACAAUCAGACUAUGCUCCAUAUUUUUACGAUAAUGGACCCAGCAGUACAAACGGCAACAUGGCCCUGUUCAGCAUCUCCGAGGAUACACCAGUUGGGACACAGGUAUACAUCCUGAACGGCACAGAUCCAGAGGGAGACCCUGUACGAUACGGUCUGACCUUCGAACAGAGCUCCAAGGAAUAUUUCAGGGUGGACUCCAAAUCGGGAAACGUGACUCUGGUUCAGGAGCUCGACAGAGAGAAACAAGCGGAAAUCUCAGUGACUGUGAGCAUAACGGACGGUCGCAAUAAAGUUGUUGAGACUGUGCGAGUGUUUGUCACCGAUGCCAACGAUGAACCACCUGAGUUUCAAAACCUGCCUUUCAUCAUUGACGUCCCAGAGAAUACGACUUCAGGAAGCAGCAUCUACAGAGUCCAAGCGCUGGAUAAAGACAUGGGCUCAGGUGGCAGCGUCUCAUAUUAUCUACAGACGUCGCCGUUCGCCAAGUUCACCAUCGACGGGCACAGCGGCAUCCUCAGAGUCAAGCCUGGAGAAUAUUUAGACUUCGAGACCACGCCCACCCACUUUGUGACCGUGGUUGCAAAGGAUGGAGGUGGAAAGUACAAGGGGAAGCACCAGGUGUUGACCUCCACAGCCACCAUAACGGUCAAUGUAAUUGACUCCCAGGACAUGCCCCCGUCCUUCAUAGGAACUCCUUACUUUGGCUACGUCUAUGAAGUGUCCGUUCCCGGCUCUGAAAUAUUCACUGUGUACGCUAAAGAUGGAGACCAAGGCAACCCGAACCCAAUACAUUACUCCAUUAUGAAUGGCAGCGAUGGUGUGUUUGAGAUAAACAGCACCAGCGGAUGCAUCACCCUGACAACGUAUCCGUCUCUGCUGAAGAACGAGUUGUAUGAGGUUAAAGUCAAGGCGUCUGAGGUAGGACCAGGCAAUAAGCUACUCGACUACGACAUCACCAUGGUGACGGUCCGGGUGGUGGAUCUCAACAACCAUCCUCCGACCUUCUACGGAGAGAACGGCCCGCAGAGCAAGUUCGAGGUCACCAUGUACGAGCACCCUCCAGCUGGGGAGAUCCUCCGAGGCUUCAAGAUCACCGUCAAUGACUCCGACCAGGGUGCAAACGCUAAAUUCAAACUGAGACUCGUAGGGCCGAGUCGAGUGCUGCGAGUGGUCCCACAGACGGUGCUCAAUGAAGCGCAGGUCACCAUCAUCGUGGAAGACACAUCUGGCAUCGACUAUGAAAAGGGACCGACCCUUUCUUUUAAGCUGCUGGCAGUGGAGAUCGACACUCCGGAGCGGUUCAGCGCCGUGGCCGACAUCGUCAUCAACCUGCUGGACACGAACGACAAUGUCCCCAAGUUCACGUCCGAGUACUACAUCGCCCGAAUCCCUGAGAACUCUGCCGGAGGCUCCAGCGUUGUGUCUGUAACGGCAAAUGAUCCAGAUUCGGGGCCUUGGGGGGAAGUCAAAUACACGAUUUAUGGAUCAGGAUCAGAUUUGUUUACCAUCCACCCGUCAACGGGCGUCAUCUCCACGCAGCCCUGGACCACCCUGGACGCAGAGGUCAGGUCUAAAUACAACUUUUACGUCAAGGCUCAAGAUUCGGAGGGGAAGUACAGCCUGGCGGAAGUCUUCGUCACCGUCAUCGACAUGAACGACCACCCGCCGGAAUUUGUUGAAGAACUCCUGGAAAAGACGAUGAUUAUUGGUACACCUGUCAGAGUGGAGGCAGUGGACGAGGACGCGGAGUCUCCAAACAACGUCAUCGAGUACUCCAUCAUGACAGCUGAUCCCGACAACGCGUUUGAUAUCGACCCCGACACUGGCGAGAUCCUUCUGAAGCCGUACAUCAAGUCCAUGGAGAUCGUGCAGAACAUCACCAAGCAGAAGGACUGCAAGUGGUCUCUGGUGGUCCAGGCCAGGGACAGAGGCUCGCCGUCUUUCAGCACGACAGCCGUGGUCAACAUCGACAUCACGGAGGCGACUCCUCUCAAGGGGCCUAUGGCGGCCUUUUUAAUGAAAAGUAGGGACAAUCCUAUGAAAGCGCUAGGCAUGGUCACUGUUAUCAUUAGCUUACUGGUAGGGGUGACGGUCUUGAUCUCUACAGCUAUGUACAUGCGGAACUCAAAGUCAAACAGGAUCACGCCAGCACGUCGCAUCAUUAAGAGGCGACCCAGGGACCAGCAGCCGCUGUCCUGGACCUUCAGGAUGCCCAUUAUCAAAUUCCACGACCCUGCAGACAAGUUCCUCAUCAGCAACCCAGAGAGCAGCGUGCAGCGGGGCACCAGCACCCCCCGGCCCAAACCUCCACCUCCUAGCGCUCCUUGUCUUCCCCCUCCACCGCCAUCUAACAUACGGCCCAGCGAGAGGCCACGGGCGGUCCCAACAAUAUCCGGUGCGCUGGCCUGCAAAAGCUCCAAGAAACCGAAAUCCACUCGGCGCAAAGAGGGAAAUAUCAGCUCUGCUUUAGUGUCAGAGCUUAAAAUGAAGCUGGAGCAGAAAAUCAACGAGAGCAACCAAGGUUAUUAUUAACUUUUAUCAAUCAAACCUCUUGUUUAAGAUUCCAUGCUCCAUUAUUUGACGGUUCAUCCGCUGUCUGAGGGGUGUCACCUGAACUUCACGUGAUGAUCUGGUGGGGCGGGCCUGCCUGUAGGUUGUUGUAAACGUUAUGAGAAGUGUUAACAGGAAGGUUUACAGAUAUUUAUGUCUUAACACGAGGCUCCACUGCAUCCUCGGCUGACCCGGAGAGAGCUCGAGUCUGUCACUGGUGCAGUCAAAGAUAAAUUCCCACACUGCCAUCUUGAGGAAGAUUAUCUUCACACCACUGUAGAUUGUCCAGGGAGAGGAUUACUCAGACUAUGUAUAUAUAAAUUGCAUAACGUCCCUGAAAGUGUAAAGCUCGCGACUCUGUAAUGUCUGCAACACAAAACCUAGGAUUCGCCCAUCAAAUCCUACUAAAAACAAAACAGUUCGUCCCACUCAGCUGAAAGACACAGUCAUGAAAAACAACACCUGCUUCGUAAAAAGUGCUAAAAGACCCAUGUGUUAAUAUUUUUACUGUGUUACAUCAGCCGCCGGAAGCUCUUUUGUAUGAUUACAAUGUGCCACUGUAGGUUCUCACAGCAACACAAGCUAACAGAGUCGCUUUAAUUUACUUGAGCGGGU